AUGAACACUCAACAGAUGGAGCAAAUGGGCCAGUUCCGGAUCACAGUCUGGGAGGAGGAGAACUUCCAGGGAAAGCGCUGUGAGUUCAUGCUGGAAUGUCAGAACAUCAUGGAGAGGGGCUUCAACAAAAUCCGCUCCAUCAAGGUUGAGAAUGGACCUUGGGUGGGUUAUGAGUACCCAGAGUUUCAGGGACAGCAGUUCAUCCUGGAGAAGGGAGACUAUCCUCGCUACGAGGCCUGGAGUGGAAACAGCAGCUACAGAACUGAGCACCUGCUUUCCUUCAGGCCCAUCAAGUGCGCUAAUCACAGCGACAGCAAAGUGACCCUGCACGAAUGUGAGGACUUCCAGGGCCGUAAGUUUGAGAUCUGCGACGACUACCCCUCCCUCCAGGCUAUGGGCUGGUGCAGCAAGGAGGUGCCCUCCAUUAAAAUCAACUCCGGAGCCUGGGUGGCCUACCAGUUCCCUGGUUACCGUGGUUACCAGUACAUCCUGGAGCGAGACAGACGCCAAGGCGAGUACAGAAACUACAACGAGUACAGCACCCAGGCUCACACCAACCAGGUGCAGUCCAUUCGUAGGAUCCAGCACUGAGCCGACACCCUGCACGGUCCCGACCUGAACAAAAACAAAACUAAACGCUUCCUGAUGGUGAACCCUGGACAGACCGCUGCCACUGAACAGUAGACGGACAAACUCUACCGCUCUGUGGCUCUGGAUGUUUGGAUAUUUUAAGCGCAUACUUCUACCAUGCUAAAGCUUGUUCUUGAAAUAGGAAAUAAAGGCUUUUCUUCAAAACUAGA